AUGAUGGAUAAGUUAUCAUUAAUAAUACUAAAGUUGAUUGUUGAAUGUUUUGAAGAUGAUAUUGAUAUACUAUCAUUAGCAUUGACUUGCAAGUCACAUUACAACAACCUUUACAAAUAUACUCAUUGGGUAAUCAUCAAUCUUGACUCCAACAUCGACUACCCUCCAACAACACCAACAACAACACCAACAACAAAUCAAUGGACUUUGGCACAUUACCAGUAUAAUAACUUAAAGAUAUUCCAACCUGGAGGUCUACCAUCAUCACUCACGCGAUUGGGGUUGCGUUGUCAGUUCCCUGAACCAAUGACCAGUGAUAUAUUCCCUUCUUCACUUUUGGACCUAUGUAUUACCAAAGGACUCAAACAAUCAAUCACACUCAACUCACUGCCUCACUCAUUGAUUGACCAAGCUGAGAUUUGGCAAUUCAUUCGAUCAACCGCUGGAGGAAGGCUCACUGCCUCCCAACUUGGUGGAGCUCACCCUUGGCAUCUCAUAUUCCCAGACCAUCAAAUGAUGAACAUUUUGGCACGCACCAAACAUUCCAGGUAUCUCUCAAAGUGCCAAUCGAUCGAAGCAUUGAAGAUCCGUGUCAAUGAGACACAUUACAAACGAAAGAGGUCCAGCAUGGAUGUGGUCCGCGUCCCGGCCAACAUUCACUCGGUCAAGUUGAGAAUCAAGACCAGCGAAGAGAAUUUGAAGAACAAUCUCAUGACACUGCUUGAAGCGAACCCUCAUUUAACAAGCAUCAGCAUGAGGCAGAGAGUCUAUCGCUUCGAUGUGCGCAUACUGGACGUCCAAUCGGGCAGGUUGGCUGCGUGGGUCAGUCGUAUUCAUGGCGUGCGCAACACCAGCAAGCUGGUGAACAUCCGACUCGACGAGUUGCUCUCAGAGUUUAUCGAGUUGGACGAGCUCUAUCCUCCCUACUAUGAUCAGGAUCACAGGGAUGAGAAUUCAUCGUGGGAUGACGAGACCUGUGGAAGCGAUUCAUACGACUUUAGUGACGAUGAGCCACCAAGUGAUGAUGUUGACGAUGAUGAUUCUGAUCAGAAUGAUUAU